AUGGCUGAAGAAUGUGAAGGCUCAAUCUUUGCUAAGGACAAAAAGAAGAGAAAACGUCGCGGCCCGCGUUUAACAGGAGUUAGCAAGCAACGAAGGCUGGCCAACGCCCGUGAGAGGAAGAGAGUUCAGUCGCUGAACAAGGAAAUUGAAGUUUUAAAAAGUAUGUUGCCUCUUUCGCCACUUAACAGUUUCAUCAUUGGUGUUUUGAUAACAAGACUCGUGAAGCCGAAGAUCUAGCAGACUUGUGAUAAAGUCAGUGCCUUGGAGUUGAACGCAAGUGGUGCCAUAAGAGGAACGACCAGGGGUCUUGGCUCGACAUAACGGUGAAACCAAUGGCCGAUAAUAGUGAAUAAUAAUCAAGAUAUUAAUCACUUAUGUCAAUACAUCGACUGAUAAUGGACAAUCAUUGACAAGCCUUUGAUUAUUAUCGACUGUUAUUGAUUUUUAUCUGCUCAAGAGGGUGCCUUGGAUCUCCCAUGAAGGCCCUCUUUUUAGAGUCAAAUCAGCGACAAAAACACGUAUUGUAAUUUCUUAGGGUCUAUCUCUAUAUCUAGCCAGGAGCCCAUGCUGGUCUGGCUGGAUUUUUAAAAAACAAGCUGCCAGAAAUUGCAGCCAUUUUACCGGAAAAAGCUCCUGAAAAGACAAAAUUCUUGCAUCCCUUAAGCACGAAAAUCCCCCCCCGGGGGGUGGGGUACUUGAGUUAAUUUUUGCUGGGUAUGUGCCGCUGGCCUCUUAGAGCCCCUACCCCAUUAUAGUCUAUUCGGUGGCCAAUUAUAGACCCCAUCUUAGUCACUCUUUGGGGCAAAUAUGUAAUUUUCGCGAUCCCACUUUAGUCACUUGUCUAUAUAUGAAUGAAGAACACGUUACUUUCCACCUGCAGUACAAACAUUCUCAGAAAGUGUGCGACCCCAUUCUAGUAUUGAAAAUGCGACCACAGAUGCGGAAUCCAUGGCGUGGAAUCCAGAAUCCAAUACUGUCUUAGAUCCUCUUACGUUAACUCUUUAACCCAAAUAUCCACAUACAAAUUCUCCAGACUGUCCUCUUUACAUUUGUUUCAUGAUAAGUUGAGAGAAUAUGAUAAAAGAUCAAACUCGACAAGAGAGGGGGAGCGCGGGCUCAUUUUCCGAAUAGACGCUGGUAAUCGGGCCCAGUAUAAAAUAUAUGUUACAUAUUUUAGACAUUUUACAGUCAGGGCCCAGCUGUUAGAAGGCCGGUUAGCGCUUAACCCGGAGUUAAAUUUAACCCUGAUUUCUUUUUCUUGUGUUCAAAAGCAUUUUCUCGGAUAAUUUUCUAUCUUAUUUUUAGAGCUUCCAAUCAUCAACUUGUGGACAAAAAGAAUUAAAACUGAAUUGCUUUUUACGCUUUCAAAUCUUUAUUCAAAUCUCGCACUAACCCUGGGUUAUCUUAACCCAGCUUUGAACAACUCGGCCCAGGAUGUUAAAAUCACGUUGUAAUGUAUCGUCUUAAUUGUCAAUGGCUUUUUCUUCACUUCUUAUCAAAAUGAAAGCCUUAGCUUCAGAUGAAGAAAGAAUAAAGCGAUUUUACAAUGAAAAUACAGCCGGUUUGGAGCGCAGGCAGUGGUUUAUUAUAUUAGUCGACAGCGUAACGUUUGCUACAAUGAACAGAAUGAAAUACAAUAUUGCGUAACUCUUUCGACACAUAUGAGUAAACGUGAGGGUUUCUUUUCUCAAGCUGUAAUCGAAUGUCAUUUUGUACCAAGGUAAUGUUAUUCCACGUGAAGUUGAUUAGCUAAAAACCAGAUCGUUUGCCGCCAAAAUGUCCGGGGUACUUGCCAGAGGAAUCCAACAAACCGUUACGUAAACUUACAAAUAGUUGCACACGUGCUUUCGGGACAAGACAAGAGCUUUAAAAUUUUGAAGAUAUUUAUUAUUAUCUUUAAACCGCUAUGAUAUGGUUUAAACUAGCUUCGGAUAAUCUUCAAGGUCAAUAUAACUACAAGUUUUUUAGAGGUUAAUAAUUCUUGUGAAACUACGAAAUGAAAUUAUCUUAUAAAUCAUUUCAUGUUUUAAGGCUAGUCGCGGGGUGAAAAAGAUAUUAAAGUGCUAUCGUGAAAAAAGGACAGAGAAAUAUGAUCGUUUUACUCUUAAUAUUUGUUUUUUCAUAAACAAUAAAUAUUAUUCGGGCGGUUUAUGUGUUCAGUCGGCGAGCGAUAAGUAUGGGUUAUCUCUCACAUCCACUCCACUCACAAAAUGCAGGGUAUCAGUUAGCAAAAUAAUAUGAGAUACGUGAUUUUACUUCAGUAGACUUAUACUUAGUCGAAACAAAUAUAAAUAACAAAUAUAGCUCAAAAUAUAGCUCAGUUCUAGCCAUGGCUGAAGAAUGUGAAGGCUCAAUCUUCGCUGAGGACAAAAAGAAGAGAAAACGUCGCGGCCCACGUUUAACAGGAGUUAGCAAGCAACGAAGGCUGGCCAACGCCCGUGAGAGGAAGAGAGUUCAGUCGCUGAACAAGGAAAUUGAAGUUUUAAAAAGUAUGUUGCCUCUUUCGCCGUACGAAAAAAAACCCACAAAAACAGAGGUGAUUUGGUUAGCUGCAGAGUACAUUGAUGAACUGACCAAGAUGUUGGACAAGGCGCAGAGCGAGGAGGAAAUUAACGAACCCUUCUUAGAUUUCGACACUUUGUUGAGCAUAGAUAUCGAGAAAUUACUCGACUUAGACGGUAAGUAUACAUUGAACGAACGACCUUUAGAAGAGAAAAUUAGCAUUGUUUCUGCCAUUGUCAUAACAAAGCACUUAACCCUCUUUCUGAUUGUCUUUUGA